AGAAGGAUAUUAACACUACAUUCCAAAAGGAAAUAAGCCAUUUGAGCUAAUCCACAUCGAUCAUUACGGUCCGGUUGACUCGGGUAGAUCAAAAAAGCACAUAUUAGUAGUUGUUGAUGCUUUUACAAAAUUCGUGCGUUUAUAUACAACAAGAACAACGAAUACACGAGAGGUCAUCGAUUCGUUAAAAGAAUACUUUAGAGCAUACAGCAAACCUAAAUGCCUAAUUUCAGAUCGAGGGAGUUGCUUCACAUCAAACGAAUUCGACGAGUUCAUGACAGAGACUGAUAUCAAACACAUUAAAAUCGCUACCGGAUCGUUCGGUCGCUGGAAAUCUCAGAUGGCAAUUAUGCUAUGGCAUUAGAUUUGUUGGAAAACAGAUUCAAUAAUCGGCGAUUGGUCUUUCAGGCACACAUCAAUGAGAUCUUGGCGCUCCAGGCUGUGGAACCUGGAUCAGUGGUCAUGCUUCGGGAGCUUUCAGACAAGUUCAAUUCACAUAUGCGCGCGCUCAAGGGUUUGGGCACCACUGAGCAGAUCGCAGGAUGCAUCGUCGUGCAGGAACUUCACCGGAAACUGGAUCCAGCGAGCCAAGAGAAGUGGGAAGAACGACCACGCAUUCGCAAACUUAAUUCCGUCGUGGGAAUCUAUGGCCUCGUUCUUGGAGCAGCGAUGCAGAUCAUUGGAGACGAUGGACUUUUCUAUGGCAAGCUAUGCGUUGAGCAAUCAGCACGCUGCGCGCUGUGCAACGAUGGUGCUCACGAGGUCCAGCACUGCCAGAAGUUUAAAGCGCUGUCCCCCACAAAUCGCCAUAAAGAAGCCAAGCGGCUUUCGUUGUGUAUAAAUUGUCUCAGAACAGGGCAUCGAUUACUUCAGUGCACCUCGAGCAACUGUCGUACCUGCGGGGGUAGACACCAUACCCUCCUUCAUUUUGGUAGCCCUGAAGAUACCGCAGUCCAAGGGAAAUGAGCGCCGUAUACUCCAUCUCAGUCUGCGCUGUCUGAGUCUACGCCGUCUGAGCCCUCUACUUCAGCGGCUACCUCGUCUGCCCUUAUUGCCCAAGAUCUCAGGAAUGGUGUUGUUCUACUUGCCACGGUCACGGUCGUAUUCGAAAAUCGUUCCGGAGUUUUAGUUCCCUGCCGAGCGUUGCUGGAUUCCGGCUCCCAUGCAUCUAAUAACUUCUCGUUUCGCGAAUCAGCUUCAGCUUCGAAAAAUGAAAUCAUCGACUGCAGUCUCGGGAAUAGGCGACUCUAGCUUCGUCACGGAUGGAUUUUUGGUCAACGUUAGCCUGCACUCUCGCUCAUCGGAUUACUCAACUCUCAUCACUGCCAUUGUAGCAUCUAGCAUAACCGAUCGACAGCCAAGCUUUGGAAUUGACACUCAAAACUGGAACAUUCCAUCUAACAUAACACUAGCUGAUCCGGAGUUUUAUAAGCCGCAGUGCGUCGAUCUGCUAAUUGGCGCAAGUCUGUUUUUCGAACUCCUGUGUGUUGGUCAGGUCAAGCUACUGCCAGGAUUGCCUUCAAUUCAGAAAACGCGCUUGGGAUGGGUCGAGUCUGGAGGUUGUUCGCGUUUAAAAGGUUCCUCGUUGAUGGUCUCUCGCGCUCGGGCCGUAGCUGCUGAGGAUAAUAGUCCAGAGGAUCGGCUUGAGGUGCUUCUUCGGAGGUUUUGGGAGGUGGAAAAUUGCAUCGAACCAAUAAUAAAGUCUACCAAAGAAGAGCUCGAUUGUGAAGCACACUUUGUGCUGCAUUUCCGUCGACUACAUAAAGGCGAUUAUUGUGUUCGGCUGCCAGCAAAAUAUAAUUUGGAUCUCCUUGGAGAAUUUUACAAUCAAGCGCUUCGUAUAUUCCUGACCCUUGGGAGAAAGUUAGAUCGUCGCCCUGAUGUUAAAUCUCAGUAUGCAGCAUUUAUAAAGGAGUACAUUGAUUUAGGCCAUAUGUCUCAGGUUCCUACCCAGUCAAUCAGCAACUGCCGAUUUUUUGACUCACCAUUGCGUCAUGAAGGAAGAUAGUUCUACGACCAAGCUUCGCGUCGUUUUUGAUGGAUCCGCUUCAACCUCAUCUGGAUAUUCCCUGAAUGACGUUUUAAUGGCUGGUCCCGUCAGCCAUUUCGGUCAUACGCCGUUGCGAUUACGGGAGAUAUCUGUAAGAUGUAUCGUUGUGUAAGAGUCUCGACCGAGGAUAGCAACUUGCAGUGUAUUCUGUGGAGAAACUCCAGGGAAGAAGACUUGCGUGUGUUUCAAUUGGGCACCGUUACUUAUGGGACGAAGUCUGCCUCCUAUCCUAUCCUAUCUGUGCGAUCGAUGCAUCAGUUGGCAAUGGACGAUCAGAUGGCGUUUCCAGUUGGAGCUGAAAUCCUCCGCCAUGACUUCUACGUGGAUGACUUGAUAUCUGGAGCCAGCUCUCAGGAAGAGGCUAUCCGAAUUCGGGAGCAAACUACUGGAAUUUUGUCUAGAGGUCAGUACAAAUUGAGGAAAGUGUGUUCGAACGUCCCUGCUGUGCUGGAUGGAGUUCCGGAAGAGGACAAGGAAACAUUUUUGAAGUUCGGCGAUGGCAGCCAUGUGACUUAAACUUUAGGACUUGCGUGGGAUCCGGUUUCUGAUCUACUAUUAUUUUCGUUGUCGGCCCUUCAAUCUUCUUUUAAUUCUUGCAGGCGCUCUGUUUUGUCAUCCAUAGCGCGAUUCUACGAUCCUCUCGGUCUAGCUGGUUCCGUAAUUACUAAAUCCAAAAUCUUUCUCCAGCGUUUGUGCCAAGAAAAGUUGACCUGGGAUGAAAGCCUUCCAGUCGCACUGAACACCGAGUGGCAAGAAAUAUGCACCAGUUUUGGUCAGAUUCGUCGACUUGAAUUUCCUCGGCUUGUACUCCUUCAAGACUCUACGCUGGAAAUUCACGGAUUUUGCGAUGCCAGCAUCGAGGCUUAUGGUGCAUGCAUUUAUGUCGUGUCCAAGGGUCAGCAUUCCAGCAGUCACUUACUUUGUGCCAAAUCUCGUGUGGCUCCUUUGAAGACACUUACAGUACCAAAGUUGGAGCUUUGUGGAGCGGAGUUGCUGGCUAGGCUCAUAUCUGAGAUAGCUGGAAUGAAUGUCUUCAAGGGAAGGUGUUACUGUUGGUGUGAUUCUGCCGUUGCGCUCUCUUGGUUUCGGGACGAGCCGUCAAGAUUUAAUAUUUUUGU